GUGUGAUUAGAAAGGAGGAGGAGGCUGCUCUGUGCUUUGGGGUGAGAGACAGAAAUGGCUGCAUGGAGGGAGGGUUGUUAGAUAUCCUACAGUAACCACCGGCAGCAUCACUCCCUUAUACCGGACUCCUUGCUAUUGGGAAGAUUUGGCUGUUUCAGCUUCCUCCCUAGGGAUUACUAGAUCUAUUGCAUAAUCAGACUCUUUCUGAAUUGCUCGCCACUAGGUGUCUGUCUUCUAUGUAACUUUCUGUCCACUGUCUGUUGUCAAGAGUAAUCUGUCUCUAGCCGGAGGGAGACUGAGAGGGAUUACCUGAGGGCAGGUCCUUGCAGAUAUUUGGCUCCCAACUCUUACAUUCAGCCUUUUCAGCUUCUAUUUUCUCACUUACUGUGUGUGCAUAGUGCACACUUCAACUCAGGUAAAAUUCAAGUUCUCACGCCAUGGCUCAGAAGCUGACUCCAGAUCAUUUGUUUCAAAGACCAACACGAGAUUCAGUCUCAUCACUUGACUCAGACAAGCUGCCUACAACAGAGACUACUGGGGAGGAUUCUUCUGACAGUGAAGGAGAACAAGAGGGUAUUUCCCAUAAACUCAUCCGCAAGGUGUCCACUUCAGGACAAAUUCGGAGUAAGAAAAGUGUAAAGGAAGGAAUUCUCCUGAAACAGACCAGCUCAUUUCAAAGAUGGAAGAGACGCUAUUUUAAACUCAGAGGGCGUACAUUGUACUAUGCCAAGGACUCAAAGUCUCUGAUAUUUGAUGAAGUAGACCUUUCAGAUGCUAGUGUUGCUGAGACCAGUACUAAGAACAUCAACAACAGCUUUACGGUGAUUACACCAUUUCGCAAACUCAUCCUGUGUGCUGAGAAUAGAAAGGAGAUGGAGGACUGGAUUGGAGCUAUCAAAUCAGUCCAAAAGUGGGAUCACAAUGAGACAACCCAGUUUAAUAUGGAACAUUUUUCGGGAAUGCACAACUGGUAUGCCUGUUCACAUGCCAGACCCACAUUCUGCAAUGUGUGCCGAGAGGCGCUAUCUGGUGUUACUUCUCAUGGACUCUCCUGUGAAGUUUGCAAGUUUAAAGCUCAUAAACGUUGUGCUGUUAGAGCUAUAAAUAACUGCAAAUGGACCACACUAGCAUCUGUCGCAAAUGACAUUAUUGAAGACGAAGAUGGAGUCACAAUGCCUCAUCAGUGGUUGGAAGGAAAUUUGCCAGUCAGUGCUAAAUGUGCUGUUUGUGAUAAAACAUGUGGGAGUGUGCGGAGACUACAGGAUUUGCGGUGCUUGUGGUGCAAAGCUAUAGUGCAUAGCUCAUGUAAGGAGCAACUAGGCAAAGUAUGUCCACUUGGAGCUUGCAGAGUCUCAAUAGUUCCUCCAACUGCACUAAAUAGCCUUGAUUCAGAUGGCUUUUGGAAAGCUACAUCUCCUGUCUCCUGUGCCAGUCCCCUCCUUGUGUUUGUAAAUUCUAAAAGUGGAGAUAACCAAGGUGUAAAGUUCCUACGCAAAUUCAAACAGUUCUUAAAUCCAGCUCAAGUGUUUGACCUUAUGAAUGGGGGUCCACAACUGGGGCUUCGGCUGUUUCAGAAGUUCUCAACAUUUCGUAUUCUUGUUUGUGGUGGAGAUGGCAGUGUAGGGUGGGUUCUCUCUGAAAUUGACAAGCUGGGACUUCACAAACAGUGCCAACUUGGUGUGUUGCCACUUGGCACAGGGAAUGACUUGGCCAGAGUGCUAGGUUGGGGAAGUCUUUGUGAUGAUGAUGCUCAGCUGUUCCAAAUACUUGAAAAACUUGAACGAGCCACUACAAAAAUGCUUGACAGGUGGAGUAUUUUAACAUAUGAAUCAUCAAAACACUCACCGCCAUUAAUCAGAGAAGAUGAAAAUGGAGAACCAAGGACUCAGAUGCAGAUUUCUCAGUAUGUCGAUUCUGUUGCCUUCCAUUUAGCUAAGAUCCUGGAAUCAGAUAAGCACUGUGAUGUAAUUUCCUCCGCCAGGAUUUUGUGCCUUUCUGUGAAUGAUUUUAUUACUGAAGUGGGAAAGGCAUAUGAGCGAGCAGCUGAAAACCGUGAAGAAGCUGAAAAUAUGGCUAGAAAGUGUUCAACGCUUAAUGAAAAGCUAGAUUCACUUGUACGGACUCUUAAUGAAGAGUCCUUGGCAUUAUUGACUCCCUCACCUCGAAACCUUCAUCCAGACUCUGCGCUGAAGGAAAAUGGCAAAGAAUUGAAUGAAAAAGAUGAUGUAGCAAAAAUGUUCCAAUCCAAGGAGCAACUAAUAUUGAGGGCAAAUAGCCUAAAGAAAGCUCUGAAGCAAAUUAUUGAGCAGGCGGAGAAGGUUGUGGAUGAGCAAAACAAACACACUCAAGUAUUCAACAAUCCUGCAACAUCACCAGGCCUAAAAGAGAACUCAGAAGACUUCAACAAAGAGCUUGAACACAUGGCAUCCAGGCGUGGAACAGUUUCAUCAACGACAUCAUCUAUUAUUCUAGAUCGACCCUACUCAUUCAGUCAUCUUCAUUUUGCUGAUGACUCUGUACAAUUCUCAGAGAAAUGCACUAUGAAUAAUUACUUCGGAAUCGGAUUGGAUGCCAAAAUAUCUCUAGAGUUUAAUAACAAGAGGGAUGAACAUCCCAAAAAAUGCAGUAGUCGGACGCGGAAUAUGAUGUGGUAUGGUGUGUUAGGAACCAAGGAACUGCUGCAGAAAACCUACAAAAAUCUGGAGCAGCGUGUAAAACUAGAGUGUGAUGGGGUAACCAUAUCCUUGCCCAGUCUUCAAGGCAUUGCAGUUCUAAAUAUCCCUAGCUAUGCUGGAGGUAUUAACUUCUGGGGAGGAACCAAAGAAGACAAUAAUUUUGGGGCACCUUCCUUUGAUGACAAGAAGCUGGAAGUAGUGGCUGUUUUUGGAAGCAUUCAGAUGGCUAUGUCUCGUGUAAUCAAUAUUCAACACCACCGCAUUGCACAGUGUCGUGUGGUAAAGAUUACUAUUUUGGGAGAAGAAGGGGUACCUGUACAAGUGGAUGGAGAAGCCUGGGUGCAACCGCCUGGUGUCCUAAUGAUUCAGCACAAGAACCGAGCUCAGAUGCUUACAAGAGACAGGGCAUUUGAAAGCACUUUAAAAUCAUGGGAGGACAAAAGAAAAGGGGAAAACUAUAGGGCUGUUCCUCGGCCACGACUUCAUUCACAACAGUCGAUGGAGUACCUUACUGAAGAAGAGCUUGCUCAUCUGCAGCAACUUGCAAGUUCUGCAGAGAACCUUAUAAGCAGAAUCCGGGAUGCUGCAAAAACACACAAAGCCAUAGAACAAGAAUUGGCUCAUGCUGUAAAUGGCAGCGUUGGGGUAUUAAAUGAUGCUUUUUCUAACAAGUUAAACAAUUCACCUGAGUUGCUGAGCAGGAACACAGCAGUUGAUGUGGCUAUUAGUCUCAAGGCGUUGUACACUGAAACCAGAGCCUUUAUGGGAAGUAAGCAGCACUGGGAGUCUCCUCAGGAAGAAGAAGGUCUACUCUGCGCUGUUAAUGCAGUGAGUCAAGACUUGGAGAAAUUAGCUGACAUCCAUUGGAUUUCACACAUCAUUAAAUCAGCUGUUGAGGAGAACAGUGAUGUGGGUGGUAAAGGCAGCCUAAAGCUCAGAAUUAUUUCAAAACCAAGAAAAGAAAAAGAGAAGUGUCAUAAGCAGAAAUCCAACAGCUCAUUAACAGUGGAUAAAUGGGGCACGGAGGAAGUAGCAGCUUGGCUUGAAAUCUUGGGUUUAGGGGAAUACAAGGACAUUUUUAUCCGCCAUGACAUCCAGGGCUCAGAGCUGGUGCUGCUUGAAAGGAGGGAUCUCAAGGAUUUGGGAAUAGCCAAAGUUGGCCAUAUGAAGAGAAUUCUACAGGGCAUUAAAGACAUCACCAGUCUAGUGUAAAAGCUGUUACAUGUUACAUCGCUGGGAUGAAAAAUAUAUUAUGGAGUACAUAUCAGCUGCUUACAGUUUAAAUAAGCUUUAUUGCCAAAUUUCUUUAUAUCGGUAUAGUUCUUCUGGAGGUUUAUUUUUACAGUAAAUUAUAAUUGUCCAGUGGGACGAUUGCCAGCUGUUAAUAGAAGACCAUACAUACGUUUGAAGUAUAACAUCAGUUCUAUAAAUGUUGGCUUUUCUCCAAAUACAUGCUGUGAUGCCUAAAUGCAAGUACUUUAGUUCUUAAUUUUCCAUAAUGCACACUUCAUAACUACUCUUCUUUACCUACUAUACCUCCGCCGUCUCCCAUACGGUGACUCAGCAUUGCCGCAGCUCUGCACGGCUAAUGCUUGUGUCGUCAACCUCACUAAGAAGUCAACAGAUAUGCCCCCUCCAUUCAUCUCCAUGGGAGAGGCGGGGAUGCACGAACACUGCAUCUCUGCCUCUCCCAUAGAGAUACAUGGAGGAAGCGUGUUGGCCACGGUGUCAUGCUGCAGCCAACACGCCUCCUGCUUGGGGAAAGCCGCAGCAGAGACGGGGCCCCAUACAGGGGGUCCCAGCAGUCGUACUCCCUGCGAUCAGACACUUAUGUCCUAUUCUGCGGAUAGGGGAUAAGGGAUACAUGUUAUAUGGCUGCAGUACUCCUUCAAAUAGCUUAUUGUGCCCUAAUCACACACAUUUUUUAAGUUUCAUAAUAGGUCAUGUGGGUUUCUAAUCCUGAGAAGAAGUCUGACAAUGGACACAAACUUAAUUUCAAUAAUGGGAUGGGGGAAAUUAUAUAGUCAGGAUGUGAAUUUUUUACAUUAAUGGGCAUGUAUACCAAAUACACAACCCCUGACUGUAUAAUCAUGUCCAUCACUUGACGAUUACCCCCAUUAAUAAAAUGAAGUUUCACCUAUAUGACAAUUUUCCAUGAACCCACAUUUCAGAAAUGUGAGGGCGUAUCAUAGGUGUGUGAUCUGGGCACCCUAUUUAAUGAUAACAACAUCUCAUUUUUCUUCUCUUUUUGGGUUGGCUACAGAUCAUCUUCAAAGUGAUUGUCCACCUUUGAAUUACAUUUUCGUAUCUUAAUAGAUUUAACAUUUUGCGCUAAUUUGUUUCUAAACAUAUUUUGAUCGUGGUUAGAGCAUUUUCCUGACAUAGAGCUCCAAAUUCUCUGAAAAACAGAAAUUUUAAACAUAGCAUUCGGGCGGCAUGCAGUCACCAAUAGAUGGAACUUAAUAUCUGCUCUGAUAUUUUUAGUUCAGAUGUAAUAACUUCCAUCUAGUACAAGUAGCAAGAACAUCAUAUCUAUGCAAGCACUUUGAAGAUCAAGAAAAUGGGCCUUCAAGAAUUACACAGUAAUUUAAAGGGAAUUUGCUCUACAACCAAUCACAUUGAUUCUUUUAUUUCUCAGAGGCCUAUUUAAAAAAUAAAAGAAGCAAUCUGAUUGGUUGCUAUGGACAACUUUUUGAUAGGUCUCCCUUAUGUGCUACUAAGAUCUGCAGACACUGUUGGAUAGUCAGUGAAGGAGGAGGAAAUCGGAAGCUAAGAUCGCGCU